CGGCUACCGCGUAUUGGUUUUCUCAGAGGCGAGGAUCCUUGUGCCUUUGGUUUCGUAGAUCCCGACGUUGUUAUCCGGGCUAUUCACCUUAUUCCGGCAUUUGAGCAUGGUCAAACUGACCAGCUUCUCGCGGAUUCAUUUGUGCGACGCGAGGCAGAUCUAGGUAAAGAUUGGCUUUAUUUUUAUAUAAACAUAUUUGCAGAUAGAGAUAUGUUUAUGCGUUACCGGGGGGGAGGUAUCGGCCAUAAA